AUGUCCAAGUCGUUGACCUUUCUCGGAACCAGUUCAGGCGUUCCCACUUCAUUGCGUAAUGUGAGCUCUACAGGUGUGCAAUUGGAGAAUGGAGAGGUUUAUUUGGUGGAUUGCGGAGAAGGAACUCAACAUCAAUUGCAGAAAAGUAUUUUGAAAUCAGGAAAAAUUUCCAGAAUUUUCAUUACUCACUUGCAUGGUGAUCACGUGUACGGAUUACCAGGGUUGUUGUGUACACUUUCAGGUAAUAAUCCAGUGACUAGAACGGUCUUGCCUAUUGUAGGUCCGUUAGGUCUCAAGAAUUUCUUACGACAAACAUUGUCUUUGAGUGAUGCCCAUUUGAAUUUCAGACUUGACAUUCAUGAACUUGUCCCUCCUGAUACUGAUGAAGAAGGAGUGAAAAUUUAUGAUGAGGAGCAAUGUCCUCCUCCUCUUUCUUGUGAGUACGAAUCGAGCGGUAGUGAGUCAUCUGUGGAUAGUAUUCCAAAAACAGCAGGAACCUUUAUUUAUUUGAAUAAGGAAACAAAUUCUUAUCCUGUUUUUGAUUUAUCCAAAACGGAUGCUCGAUUGAUAGUACAAGCAGCUCCAAUAUUACAUCGAGUGUUUUGUGUAGGUUAUGUUUUCACAGAAAAUGAUAAACCUGGAACCUUGGAUAUGGAGAAAUGCAAACAAUUAGGAGUUCCAAAAGGACCUCUUCUUGGAAAGCUCAAGAACGGAGUAGAAGUCACAUUAGAAAAUGGAAUCACUGUCAAACCAGAAGAUGUCGUUGGACCAACCAUUAAGGGCAAAAAACUUGUCAUGCUAGGGGAUACACAUGAUCCAAAAGGCAUUUCCCAAAUCGCCAUGAAUUGUGAUGUCAUUGUCCAUGAAAGUACUUUGGAAGACGGAAUGCAAGAACUGUGUAUCGAUAGAGGUCACUCCACACCGAGUAUGGCAGCCAAAUUUGCGUUGUCUCUCAAUGCUAAAAGAUUGAUUCUUACUCACUUUUCUGCUCGUUAUGUUGAAGAGGGAAAAAUUGAUUUGCAUGAAAAUGAGGUUUCUGUGUCUCUUCUCAAACAGCAAGCACAAGCUGUUUUUUCGAAUGUGGAUCUUGCUUCAGACUUUGCAACAUUUACCAUUUAA